UGAGUUGAUCUUACUUAAUAACUAGCAGAAUUAAUUCCAAAAAGCAUAUUUUUAACCGGAAAUUCGACAUUAAAUACUGGUUUAAAAUAACGUUAUAUCUAAACAUAUCCUUAAUGACCAAACAUGUAUUGAACAGGAAGGGUGGACUUAAACGCUUAAAUGGUUAGAAAAAUAUUUGAAACACAGUGUAUUCAUAUAAUAUAUGAAAAAAUAAAUGAAACAACAUUUACAAUUCUUUUCUAAUUUAAUUGUCUGCGUUUUAAUUGGAGCUUGUUAUAAUCAAAGAUGUAACGAAAGAUGCUGUAUGAAUUAUUAUAAAGAUCAACACGGAUCAUGUAUUGAGUGUCAACCAGGUACGUUUGGGGUUAACUGUACUGGAACAUGUGUCCCAUUUUAUUAUGGAAGACUGUGUCGCAGCAAAUGUGAUUGUCCUUUAUACCAGUGUGAUUUAAAGACUGGAUGUAGAAAAAGUGAUGGAUGGGAUACGACGCUAACUCUUACCGGAAUUGCAAUUAUAGUAGUUCUUAUUGGUCCACUGAUUUUAACUAAAUUCUGGUUAUACAAAAAAUGUAUCCAGAGGAAAGAAAUUAACGUGACAAACGAGAACCAAACAGAAAAUGUCGAAGAAGAGCGGAGGUACGAGCGGCUUUCAAGUUUAUCGUUCACCGAGGAGGAAGGAAAUAUACAACAACGUGGACAGGUUAAUGAACACAACUAUACCGAUUUGAGGCUGUCUGUCGUUUCCCAGGAUUAUGAUUAUCCAAAUUGUGAACCAGAUCAAAAACCUUAUGCAAUGCCAACAAAAUCCAAACAAUCCUUGUAA